UGUAUAAAGUUUAUUUUACUUUUUUUGUUAUAUUUCUUGUAACUGGUGUUUUUAAUGUCAUGUUUCCUGAACGAAUUUCUGAUGUUUAAGAAAACGUUUAAAGGCUCAUAUUUGUACACAUUCUGCGGAGGGUCGAGACACAACAGAUAAGUAGAAGCAGAGCUCCUCUCACUUUCACUUCCUUUUCAGGUUGUUUAACAGCUGUACUUCCUCAUUAUAGUUUGCCAGAGAUUAGCUGUGUGUGUGUGUGUGUAUGUCUGUGUGUGUGAGUCGGUGUGACGGUCAUGAAGGACGGUUUCGGUGCAGGCGAACAGGCGGAGGUUUCCCGCCAGGACCUUUAUGAGGAUUAUGUAAACUGUUACCUUCAGUCGUAUACGGAGGUCCGGCCGUGCCGCGAUGCCCGGCUGCUGAAGAAAGCGGCUCGGUAUUUGCUGAGGGAUACCGAACCCGGCGACACUUUUACCGUGUUCCCAUUCUACCAGGUUGUGGGCGAGGACCGCGAACCCCUUAGCACAGACUGCAGGAAACACCUGUGUGCCUUCAUUAAAGCCACCGAGCUGUUGGAAACUCUCUGCAUCAAUCUGUUCCUUCAACCCUGGAAAAAGGAAUUCAGGACACUUAAGACUUUUACAGGUCCAUUUGUUUACUGUCUUCUGCCAGUUCUCAACAAUUCUACAAUUCAGUCAGUCCUGGCUUCUAUUGGCUACCUGCCCCACACUGACGGCCCACAAAGUGAGUUCAGACUCAGUGAGGAUGCUACCCCAGACAGAGCCAUACUGGUGGGCUUUGAGCUGCUACUGGCCAGGGUGGAAUGUUACCACCUCCUGGAGAGCCUGGAGAAAGAUCAGCUGGGACCACAGGAGUGGCUGGAAGUUCUCCAGAGGAGAUUUGGGCCUACAAAACUAGAAGGACCCACAGAAAGGAACACAACAAUAGGGCAACAGGAGGAGGAGGACAAGAGGAAGGAAGAGGCAGACAGAAAAGAGGUACCUUUGUAUUUAGACACCAGGCUUGCAGUGACCCCCCAGCCCAAGCCUCGACACUGUCACCUUAUCAGUGCAGACCAGUCCAUUAUGGAGAUGCAGAGAACCUACCCUGACCUGUCCUUCAGGGGCCGGCUUCUGGUACCAGACAAACCUCACCAAGCAAACACUAGCAGAUGCAGCAGCAAAGCUGUCCAUACUGCCAUUGAAAAUUACAGUGAUGAUAAUAAAGUUUCUGAGCUCCCCAAAAGAAACUGUAUUAAAGGCACCAAAGUUGCUUCUACAAGUAUCUGCAGUAAAAAUGAUGGGAGCAAAGCUGAUGAAGUGUUGGGUGGUAAUGGCAGAAGUAGUGUUUGUAAUGACAGGAACAGUGGUGGGUCCAUGUCCCCACAAAACACAACUAGCAGCAGCUUCAGUAACAAUGAUGGAAGCAGAGUUGAUGAUGAGCUCAGUGGUCCUCAGGCCAUUUCCCUUCAUAUCACACUGAGAGCUGGAUCCAAAGCAGAGAAGGGCCCGAAGUCUGGAGAGUCUCAGCUCACAGCAGGGCCUCCUGCCUCGAUGCAGCAGCAGGCUGCAGCAGGCAUACAAAACAAGAGGCUGGCCAAACCAGAACUUCCUUCUCUUAGCUCUCUGGAUGAGGAGCAGGAGCUGAGAGAGCUGGCAGUGAGGAUGGGCCAGGAGAUCAAAGACGAGGUGAAGACAAAAGGAGAAAACAAGAGAGGAGAGGAGAACACAAAUAAAGAGAGGAGGAAGAAAGAAAAAAAGGCAAGCACAGAGGGAGAGGUAGAGGAGAAAAUUCCCAGGAAGCCAGUAAUGGAGACAGGUCCAGCUUUUAGCCAUGAUACCAGUAGAUGCGACAUAUCCUCUCAGCCUUAUCCUGCAGUAAUGAAAGAGCAGAAGCAGCCCACAUUGUGUCACCCCUCACCCCUGACCGUCAGUGCAGCAGACUGUCAGAGCUGUAAAAUAGGAGGCAGCACAGGGCAGCAGGAAGGAGAAGAUACUGAAAGAGCAGGAACAGGCCAAGGAGAGGAGGAGCAGCUGGCACAGAGCUUUGUUAUUGUCAAGCAUCACAAGAAAUAACAUAUUCUCAAGGUUCAUUUAGAUGUACGGAAAUUAUUAAUAACAAAACUAAUGAGCAAGCCCAGAAGCAAUUCAAGCUGUAGUCAGUCUAUAAAUCAAGAUUUAACAGUACACAAGUACAGAUGUGAAAGAGCAGAACAAGAUUUUAAAAAACCUAUUGCAAUUUUGUGCCGACCCAGUUUGAAAUCUGCUCUACCUGCUCUCAGGAAAAUCUCUCAGCUGCUUCGGGUGCAUAUUGACAAGUUUUGGAUAAGAGGCUUCAACUGGCUGUUAAGUUACAUUCAAACCUUCUGUUUACAUGGCGUUUACACAGUAUUCCAAGGUGGUUCUCCGAACUGGUAGCCCUGUAGUCUCUCCUGAUAAAUAGUCUCUGAAAACAGAUACAGUGUAUUGAUCUAACUUUAUUAGACAUUUUGCUAUCAUGGAUCAAAGGAUUAAAAUGAAGGGGAACUUUAAGUGUGACAUUUACACCACUUUCACAAUUUGAAACCUCUUCAUGAAAAGGGUGUGUCAGUCCACUUUGGAAAACUUGCGAGAUAUGUAUAUACGUAGAACAUCAAUAUUUGGGGUGCCCUGGUUGCCUACUGCUUAGGGUGCAAACUACUUCAACUGCAACGUCAAAUGUUCAAAUCCUGGAUUUGGGUGGGGGUUGUUGCGUGUGAUCUCUCUCUCAAUACUUUCUGGUAGUAGUUCUUCAUAAAGUAAACUUUCAAUGGCACAUUCUAUGUAACCUUAAAUUUUGUCUGUUAUAUCCAUUCCAUAUCUCAUCAAAUGUUCAUGAAAUAACAACAGACUAGCUUCUUUUAAAUAUUGUUCUAAAAAGUUGGGCUUUGUCAUUGUGUUAUUGCAUGUAUCAUGAAGAGUCUAAUAAAAUAUAAGACUGUCAGUGAUUGUUGUGCC